GACCUCCAGACCACCGACCUCACACGAACACACAAACAAAUCCUCUGCCGAAAUUCACAUUCAACUAGGCACAGAAUUGGGUCCCUUACUCCAUUUUCCGCCAAAGUAAAAAUAAACAGCGAGCUCUUCUAGAUACGGCAAGUUUGAUACGUUUUAACGACAUGACAGAACCCGUGAAACUUUUAAAUACUGUGGGAAGUGAAGUUACUGCAAUGAGACCACCCGGCAGUCCAGUGCGGAAGAAAAACGAAACACUUGUCGGUGAAACAGUCUGAUAUUUCUGCACCAGGGAGCUGAAGGAGCAGCAGCGUUGGACGUGUUGACUUGACAACCGGAGGCGACAACAAGGGAGAGCAACCAGCCCAAACACACAGAUCGUGAUGCCCUGGAGGGGUCUUGCCUUGUGGACCACCCACUGACCUCCCCAGAGAACGCCCCCCGACCCUCACCCUUCUACCUCCACCCCGGCCUCAGCAUGGCUGGUCUGGUGCUGAACGAGACAGGCAUGGAGGACUGUGGGAUAGAUGACAGCUUUAAGUAUGACCUGUACAGUGUGGUCUACAGCGUGGUGUUUGUCCUGGGGCUCUGCACCAACUGUGCUGCUCUCUUUGUGUUCUGCUUCCGGAUGAAGCUACGCAACGAGACAACGCUGUUCAUGACUAACCUGGCGUUGUCAGACCUUGUGUUUGUGUUCACGCUGCCCUUCAAGGUCUACUACAAUGUCAACCGACACUGGCCCUUCGGAGACGAGCUCUGCAAGGUAUCAGGAACAGCUUUCAUAACCAAUAUCUAUGGCUCCAUGCUGUUCCUCACCUGCAUCAGUGUGGACCGCUUUCUGGCCAUCGUCUACCCCUUCCGCUCGCGCUCAGUCCGCACGCGGAGGAACGCGGGCCUGGUGUGUGCUGCGGUCUGGCUCACCAUCGUGGGGGGAGGGAUAUCGGUCACCUUCUUUUCCACGAUCAACCAGGCGAACCGCGCCACGGCCUGCUUCGAGGGAUUCUCCAAGAGCACCUGGAAGACAUACCUGUCUAAGAUCACUAUCUUUAUAGAGAUCGUAGGUUUUCUUCUCCCCCUCCUGACCAACCUGGUGUGUUCCUCUCUGGUGCUGAGAACCCUCCGUCGCCCAGGGACCAUCGGCCACGGCUGCAACAGCAAGCGCCGGGUCCUCCGUAUGAUCCUCGUCCACCUGGCCAUCUUCAUCGUCUGCUUUGUCCCCUACAACUCCAUCCUCUUCCUCUACGCCAUGGUGCGGACCCAGGCUCUGGCCAACUGUAACCUGGAGAGGUUUGUCCGGACGCUGUACCCAAUCACCCUGUGUCUGGCCACCCUCAACUGCUGCUUAGACCCAGUGGUGUACUACUUUACCUCUGAGUCCUUCCAGAAGAGUCUCACCACCGGGGGGAAGGGUUGGGUCCGGGCUGAGAGCAUCCCCCGCAGCGAUACACACCUGAGUAGUGAGGCAGAGACGCAGCAGGACACAGGGACACUGACCAGGGAUUGGAGACCGUCGGGAGACACACGGGACUGGACAGUCACCAGGAGAGACUCACGAGAAGCAUCACUCACUGGAGACACACAGGACUGGACAGUCACCAGGAGAGACUCACGAGAAGCAUCACUCACUGGAGACACACGAGACGCACACGCUCUCGCCAGCAACGGGAAAGAUACGGGGGUGAAUGAGACUCCGUUCUGACACUACGUGGGAGAGAGAGAGAAAGAGAGAGAGAGAGAAAGAGAGAGGGAGAAAGAGAGAGAGGAAGAGAGAGAGAG